GAUGAGUCCCGUAGUCGUCGAGUAGUCGCCGCGCGAACCGCCGCGUCCACGCAGCUUUCCCGUUACGUACGGCCAGUUGUGAUCUAAGAGAAUUUCAAUCAGUUCUAGUGUCUAACGACCGUGUAACGAAAAGGAGACCGCUUUCACAAUUUUCAGACGCGUACACCUGUUAUAAACGUCUUGACAAUGGUCGCUCAACGAAACUUCUUCAAUUUGCACCAAAUAAUGUAGCGUACGAUGGAAUUGGCCGGAUGAAAGCAAACAAUCAGGGACACUGAUUACUGAUAGGGUACUCCACAAAACUUAACGGAUAGCUGUGACCAAACUGCAUUGGGUCUGUCAUUGAACAUUCAUUCAGCGAACAAUGUGCAACAACAAUAAGGAGAACAAAAAUACCGACGCUUCCCGACGUAGACCAAUAAAAAUCACGACUAUCGGUGAUGGGACUGUCGGCAAAACGUGUAUGCUUAUUACGUACACGACAAAUGCAUUCCCGUCGGAAUAUGUGCCCACUAUCUUCGAUAAUUAUGCAGGGACGAUAUGUGUAGAUGGGCAACAAUUUGAUAUGACUUUGUGGGACACGGCUGGUCAGGAAGAUUACGAACGAAUCAGGCCGUUAUCUUACCCGAACACUGACUGCUUCUUGGUAUGCUUUUCAGUGAAUUCUCGAAAUUCGUACGAGAACGUUGCUAACAAAUGGCAACCAGAAAUUAAAUUUCACUGCCCGAAUACACCUAUAGUUCUCGUUGGUACUAAAGGAGAUCUUAGAAAAGAGGAGAGUGCGGACACGAUUACGGCUAAGGAAUGUAAAAAGAUGAAAAAGAAAGUGAAAGCUUAUAAAUAUGUGGAAUGUUCCGCAUUGAAUCGGGAAAAUUUAGACGAGGUUUUCACCGAAGCGAUUCGAGCAGUAUUGAAGAAA